UAUAAUGUUGUGUUCAUUCAUACAGCAGACAGAGCCAAGAUAGUGGAAGGACACGGACCAAGCUGACUAUGGAGGAGCUGAAAGCAUUUGUGCAUCAGUUAUUUAGCUUGCCAUGUGUUAUCAGCCAGGCCCGACAAGUAAAGAAUCUACUUGAUGAUGUAGAAGAAUUUCACGAGCGUGCUCAAGAAGCUAUGAUGGAUGAGGUCCCAGACUCGUCCAAGCUGCAAGAGUUAAUAGACAUGGGCUCUGGCCUUUAUGUAGAACUUCCUGAACUGCCAAGGCUGAAGCAGGAACUGCAGCAGGCACGGUGGCUAGAUGAGGUGAGAUCCACCCUCUUGGAUCCUCAGAGGGUCACCCUAGAUGUGAUGAAAAAGCUGAUCGACUCAGGUGUGGGCUUGGCACCACAUCAUGCUGUAGAGAAAGCCAUGGCUGAACUUCAGGAGUUACUCACAGUUUCGGAGAGGUGGGAGGAGAAAGCCAAGGUCUGCCUGCAGGCCAGACCACGCCAAAGCAUGAUGGCUCUGGAGGGCAUUGUGAAUGAAGCAAAGAACAUCCCUGCUUACCUGCCCAAUGUGCUUGCACUGAAAGAAGCCCUGCAGCGGGCUAGAGACUGGACGGCCAAAGUGGAGGCCAUUCAGAAUGGGAACAACUAUGCCUACUUGGAGCAACUGGAGAGCUUGUCUGCCAAAGGCCGCCCAAUACCAGUGCGCCUUGAUGCCUUGCCACAGCUGGAGUCACAGGUAGCUGCUGCGCGGGCUUGGAGAGAGCGCACGGGAAGGACCUUCCUGAAGAAGAACUCGAGCUACAGUCUGUUACAGGUUCUGAGCCCUCGCACUGAUAUUGGUGUUUAUGGGAGCAGUAAGAAUAGACGGAAGAGGGCAAAGGAGUUGAUGGAGAAGGAAAAGGAGAAAGAUCUUGAUUUGGAAUCCCUGAGUGAACUGGAAGAUGGGCUGGAGGAGGCCAGGGACACUGCAGCUGUGGUGGCCAUAUUCAAGGAGCGGGAACAGAAGGAGAUUGAAGCCAUGCAUGCUCUCAGAGCAGCUAACCUGGCCAAGAUGACUAUGGUGGAUCGUAUAGAAGAAGUCAAAUUCUGUGUCUGCCGCAAAACAGCUAGUGGAUUCAUGCUGCAGUGUGAGCUGUGCAAAGACUGGUUUCAUAGCGGCUGCGUGCCUCUCCCCAAAACAAGUUCUCAGAAGAAGGGCUCUAGUUGGCAGGCCAAAGAAGUGAAGUUUUUGUGUCCACUUUGCAUGCGUUCUCGAAGGCCACGUCUUGAGACGAUACUGUCUCUGCUGGUGUCCCUGCAGAAGCUGCCUGUACGGCUGCCGGAAGGGGAGGCAUUGCAGUGCUUGACAGAACGGGCCAUGAGUUGGCAGGAUCGAGCACGGCAAGCCUUGGCUACUGAUGAGUUGUCCUCUGCUUUGGCUAAGCUUUCUGUGCUCAGCCAGCGAAUGGUGGAGCAGGCAGCACGGGAGAAAACAGAGAAAAUAAUCAGUGCAGAGCUACAGAAGGCAGCAGCCAACCCAGAUCUUCAGGGACACUUAACUAGUUUCCAGCAGUCAGCCUUUAACAGAGUGAUAGGGAGUGUGUCCUCUUCCCCUCGGCAGACUUUGGAUUAUGAUGAUGAAGAGACAGAUUCUGAUGAAGACAUCAGGGAAACAUAUGGCUAUGACAUAAAGGACAAUGCCAGCGUAAAAUCUUCUAGCAGCUUAGAACCCAAUUUGUUUUGUGAUGAGGAAAUCCCCAUUAAAUCAGAGGAAGUGGUGACACAUAUGUGGACUGCUCCCUCAUUCUGUGCCGAACACGCGUAUUCAUCUGCUUCUAAAAGCUGCUCUCAAGGUUCCAGCACUCCAAGAAAGCAGCCUCGGAAAAGUCCAUUGGUACCUCGCAGUUUGGAGCCCCCUGUAUUGGAGCUAUCACCUGGAGCAAAGGCUCAGUUAGAAGAUUUAAUGAUGGUAGGAGACCUACUUGAGGUAUCACUGGAUGAAACUCAACACAUCUGGCGGAUUUUACAGGCUACUCACCCACCCUCUGAAGACAGAUUCCUUCAUGUAAUGGAGGAUGACAGCAUGGAUGAGAAACCGCUGAAAAUGAGAGGGAGAGACUCGUCUGAGAGGAAGCGGAAACGAAAGCUGGAGAGAGCAGAGCAGUUCUUUGGAGAUAUGAAGCAAAAAUCUAAAGAGUUGAAAAAAUUAGAAAAACCGAAGAAAAAGAAGCUAAAACUCACGAUGGAUAAGACAAAGGAGCUGAACAAGCUGGCAAAGAAACUGGCCAAGGAAGAGGAGCGGAAGAAGAAGCGAGAGAAGGUGGUUGUGGCAAAGGUGGAGCUGGCAAAGGAGAGCACAGAGAAAAAAAGAGAGAAGAAAGUUCUAGAUAUUCCUUCUAAGUAUGACUGGUCAGGAGCUGAGGAGUCAGAUGAUGAGAAUGCAGUAUGUGCUGCACAGAACUGCCAGAGGCCCUGCAAAGACAAAGUAGACUGGGUGCAGUGUGAUGGUGGCUGCGAUGAGUGGUUUCAUCAAGUUUGCGUUGGUGUCUCUCCAGAAAUGGCUGAGAAUGAGGAUUACAUCUGUAUAAACUGUGCAAAGAAAACAAUGCAGGGACCAAGUAGCCCUGCUCAUGCGCCACCUCCUUCUUUCUUGUUGAGCUACAAACUCCCAAUGGAAGAUCUUAAGGAGACAAGUUAGCAACUGCUUGAUGUCUGGAACUUGCUGAGAAAUGGACCGCUGAAACCCCUACAGAAAGAGAGGGUUUGAAUCUAAUGUAGCCACUGAGCUUCACUUCCAAGGAUGUACAGACCUGCAGCAGAGUUGGUCCCUUCCUUACAGCUGGCUUCCUUCAUACAGCGGGGACGUCAAGGCACAGUGGUUCUGACUCAUCUAUGCAGACACCGCCUCAUUAGGAGCUGCAGCCAGUGUUUUGACUUGAGUAUUUCCAUCUUUGAGAGUGGCUGUUGCUCUUAGAGACUGAGCUAACCCGAGGCUGUUAGAUUAGAUGCUUCAGGGUGUUAGAAGUCCAUGUUGGCAGUGGAGCUGGCCUGGAAUUGGUGGCAUGAGCUGGAGCUUUUAGCCGUAGCAGGUUGUCCUAAGGAGAUUUUGGAAGUUAUCUUUUGCCUCCUCCUGCCAACCCAGUGAGAAGGGCAAUGUCUUGAGAGAGUUGUCUCCGUAUCCAGGCGGCUAACACUACUCUAUAAGGAUGGGAGCAAGUGGAUGAAUGAAUGAAUUUCUCUUUUGUAGCUAAAGGGCAGAGGAGCUCAUGAUCUCAGAAAUAGCAAAGGUUCUGUGUACCAAAAAGAAACCCAAUUCUACUCUGCUAGCAAAAUUUUUUACCUUAGUGGGGACAGCUGAUCUUCCUGUCCUGAGGGGGGCCAGGAAAAAAUGAUGUCCAUCUUGACCAGAGCUUGUGAAAAGCAGAGUGCUUCCCUUUCUGCAGGGGUGCCCUCUCCUGUUCUAGGCUUUGCUUAGAGUUCCGCACUCCUGCACGUUAAAGUUGUCUCACGCAGGAUGGAGCUGGCAAGGAGGUACAGGGCACCAGCUUCUGUGAUCUGUACCCAGGAAUGGGAAGGAAAGAAGACAGCCCACUUACCUCAGAGGUUACACUGACAUGUGCUUCUGUGAAAAGUUUCACUCACAACUAUUUCCAGUAUCACCAGGCUACGGGCAUGGCCUCGAGAGAUACCAGCAAGCAGUCUGCAGAUACUGUUCACAGUGCAAAUUCCCCUCCCUGCUGGCCUUGCUGGAUGCGUACCAGUCAGCAACAGUUCUUGUUGAAAGUUACCCCUGGCUUUGCCAGAGGACCAGAGGGCUUGGGGUCAUCCUGGGUGACAGUUGUUUUAGUAAAUCCAUUUUUAAAGAAGGACUUGUUUUUACUUUUUUCUAAAUGUCUCAGACUACUGACUUGUUCUAUAAAUAGAUUAUUUUUCUUUGAUUUUUUUAUACUUACCACUGUUAACCAGCAGCACAGACAGAGGUUCACAAAGCAAAAACCUGCCCGUGGGCUUGGGUUUUUUACUCCAUUCCUUCCUUGUAGUACAAGGAAUUAGCAGUUACCUUCCCCAUUCUUGCCUGACCAGCUGCCUGUGUUUAAAUAGGUAAAUACAUUUCACGUGCUACCUUUGUGUUUGGGUUUGUUCCUAUUUAGUGGGGCAUCUGGGCCUUAAUGACUCCAGUCAGUGCUGGCUUUUGUGUAUGUGAAUGUCUGAAGCUAGCCACUGGGCUGUCUUGUCCCCCCCCUUCCACUCGCUCCCUAUUGUGUUUCCAUUCUUCUGCAGUUCUAGGAGUGUUGUAAGUAGUGUCCAGUCUUACUAGGAGCUGGAUUGGGAUUUAAAAGAAAAUUGACAAAAACAAAAGUGUUCUGUCUUGACUGUUCUGUGUCCAUUCUCUUGUUCUCUGAUAUUUGGAAGUUUAUUUAUCUGGCAGAAUUGUCCAUCCAAAAAGGAAAAAAAACAAACAAACAACAAAACCUCAGCUCAGGUAGAUGAACUUUAUUGGUUUGUUUUAUUUGUGCCUGCUACCUGGGGAGAGGAAGAUGUGCAACAGAAAGGAGCUAGGGCGGAGGGCAGAAGGUGCAGGAUCUUGGGAGUUUUUUGAGUGCAGAUCGGUCACUGGCUUCUAAUUCCUGCUCCUUGAAGACGAAUGUAUUAAAUGGAAGCUGUGGUUAAGCAUGUGGCUGAACGGGCACCCUAGCAAACUUAAAGAGUAUUAUUUGUUUACUUAGUUAUGAAGGAGUCUAUGCUAUAGCUAGACAUGCCCUCUUUUUUGCAUCCACUUACAUUUUUUUUCUUCUCGAUGUACGUUUAGUUUUGGUAAACUGGUUUAAACAGUUGUUACUUUCCUUCAGGCUUUAACUGAUGGUACUACAUAAAUGUUUCCCUAUAUGGAGUGGAUAGACUCUCUGUCACAGAUGUUUAAUUGUUCCAGAAGUAGACUAGUACAAGAUUUUGUAAAGAAUCCCAGUGUCUGUAUUCUUUCAUGACUCCUAGAAUUCGUGACACGACAAGGAAAAUGUGGUCAGCAUAUCCUGUUAACUGUUGAGCAUAUCCUCUUAACCAUUCUUACAUUCUCUGUCGUGAUAAAAGUCAUUGUUAUAUGUAAUUUACCAUCAACUGGAAAGAGUUCUUUUAGUAAAUCUGCAUUGAAUGUUCUUGUUUCUCUGAGUAGAAGGUGUGAUCAUGACCAGAAGGAAGCAAAGAGCUAUACAAUGCAGUGGUCAAUCGUUCUCCUUGUAACAGGCGUAAAAAACAGUGAACAAGAAAUGGGCAAGUAGUCACCUUCUUAGUAGCUGUUUUCAUGUGACCAUAUGAGGAGGUUUUUAGCUUCUCAAAAGGAGAUUACUGCACUUCUUUAGUUGCGUGUUUCCCAUCUACUUUUGGGUAAGGUGUUCAUAAACCGAAGACCAUUAUUAGCUUUACAUCUCUCUGUUUAAACAUUUAUUUUUAAAAGCAUAAUUCUUCCCAAAGGAUUGCUGAUAGUAUAAAAUUUUGAAUAAAUGUUGACUUUUUGAAAAA